GGAACAUAGUGGUGUCCAAUCCUCCAGGUGUUGCCAUGGCGUCAAUAAUCGAGUCCGGCGUCAAGUCGACGAUGUCUCUGUGUCGGACAUGCCACACCUCUCGAAUCCAGGCGAGGCUGUUCUCCUCGUCUCCAUCCUCAAUGGUUGGUCCGGAAUCUCCCAAUUAUAUCGACAUCCCUCGAACUAUCCAACCCUACCUUCCUCGAAAAAAGAGAGCCAAGGGUGUGCUACCCGUUCCGCGUGAAAUAUUUCCGGCCCGAAGACCGGACAAGCCUUCAGAGUCUUACAUCGCCAACGCAACCCCCGAGCCAGCCAGCAACAAACCAAAAGUUGACAAUGACCACCCUUUGUUCGAGCAGCUUGAGUGGAAACGCAGGAUGGCAGCAGUGCGACGAAAGAAUUUACGAGAAGGUCUCCUCGAGCUACACGAGCGAAAACAAAAAGCGGAAAGCAAGGUUUUGGCCCGAAGCAAAGCACGACAGGCCCAGAACAGACAGGUCCUCAACCAGCCAUCACGAGAGGACGAGCGCCUGACCAGUGCGACAAUCGUGCAGGCCAUGGUAUCAAAGAAGAAUCCUAUUCUUCCCGACCCCAAUGCCGAAGCCCGGCUUGCGAAGUCCUUGGCCAACGUCGCCAUGAAACAGCAAUUGAAAAGCGAGGAGAGAAUGGACGCAAUUCACUCACUGUACAUGAAUGCUCGCGAUUUUAUUAUCACUGAAGAGCAGCUAAAUGAGGAGAUUGAGCGAGUUUUCCCUGCUGGAGAUAACCCUGAAUGGAUGAACGACCAGAGAGCUGGUGAGAACGUCUGGAAUCUGGGUCCCCCGCCAGCCGUCAGUUCGUUGGUGCACAGGAAAGAUGAUGAAAACUCCAGAUGGGAUCUGGUGCAAGAUCGGACGAAGAAGAUUGCGGAGGCACUCACUGGAGGCAAGAUCUAACCUGUACGCUGAGCGAAUUGUCUAUUCAACUAAGAGCAUCUUGUACUAUAUAUUUGUCACAUUUUUCGAGUCUUCUCGUAACUAUAUUUUCGUCAAAGUUUUACCCCGGGACAGCCAAUUUUACUAUUACCUUAGUUGCCACAGCUAUGAAAUCAAGUCGAAUUCUCUUUUC